UCACAUUUUAUCUUAAAAGUUAUAUUCAAAUGUUCAAUACUUUGUUGAUAAACUCAGUAGCUGUUAAUGCCAUACUUUUCUGAAUUUCACGUUACUCUUUGACUGUUUUCUCUUGUUUUUAAUACAUAUUUACCAUUUGAUUUGUAGGUAUAAUGCCUAGUUCGAUUUGGGGUCAUUUUAGCCUAGCAAUGCAGUAAUUUUAAACCAUAAAAAAUCAACCCAGCAUGCUGGGUUAAGCAUAAUAACCCAACUUGUUGGGUUAAAAUAACCUAGUGCUGGGUUCGUCCCCUUUUGACCCAGCACUGGGUUGCCAAAAUAACCCAAUUACAUUUCUCUGUAACACAGGAGUUUUGGCUGAUUAUAACCUGCAGAAUUUGAUGCGUUCGUAGACAAAAUUUGCACAUCUCCUCCCACUUCCUCCCUGUCUUCCCUUGUUGCCAAAGAGCACACUUUAGAAUGACUGGACAAAAAAUGCAGUGAGAAUAACCUGUUUAUCAUGAAAGAAAGGCAGCUGCAAGUGAUGUCAGUGAAGUCGCUUGUAUAUUAAUUUGUGCACUGAUGAUACAGUCACUAUUUGACACUCAAACAUAGCUGAACAUAUUGACAAAGGAUCUUGUAAUGCUGUUUAUCCUGAGAUCGAGAGUUUUGGCUGAUUAUUGCAAAAACGCUUUCUGACACUGUGUCCAGAAUGAUCUCCAAUCCAACUCUUUCCCCUCAAUCCAACUCCAAUACCUCAAUGUCCUAUGAGAAAACAACAGUAGACAUUGUCUUCUAUUCAAUCAUAGUUCUCUUUGGCACCACUGGGAACUCUUUGGUCAUCUGGGUAGCUGGAUUCCGAAUGAAACCCACCGUCACAAAUGUUUGGCUGGUCAAUCUCGCUGUAGCAGACCUGAUCUUCUCCCUGACACGAGUCACUUCUCUCAUCUCAAGUCUGUUCUUUGACCACUGGCCUUUUGGGGUUUUUCUCUGCAAGUUUAACGGUUUCUUCAAGUAUGCCAACAUGUUCUGCAGUGUUUUUCUUCUGGCUGUCAUCAGUGUGGAUCGAGCGCUCUGUAUCUGGCAUCCAGUGUUCACCAGAAAACGCCGGACGUUAUGUGCUGCUCGUGUGGUCAGUGUGGGAGUUUGGAUUGUGGCAGUGAUGUUAAGCUCACCGUACUUUUUGUACCGACAGGUCUUCCUUGAAAAGAACAACUUGAGCCACUGCUCAUUCAAGGAGAAAGGAGAAGAAGGAGAUGGCAGUUCAGCAAAGUAUGUCUACUAUUUCACUCGUUUCAUCUGUGGAUUCUUGUUGCCCUUCCUGGUCAUCCUAAUCUGUUAUAUACUAGCUGCUGUUGGGAUACGCAGAACACGGCUCUCUGGAAAAUCAAGGCCUCUUCGGAUUCUUGUCGUUUUGGUCUGUGCCUUUUUCUUAUGCUGGGCUCCCUAUCACGUUCUAGGACUGGUCAAGUUGGUGAAUAGAAACAACAAGGCAGUAAAAGAAGGAUGGGCUAUGGUUUCAAACUUAGCUUAUUUCAACAGCUGCAUUAACCCGGUUCUGUAUUUCUGCAUGGGAUUGGAUUUUAGUCGAUGCUGCAACCAAAGUUUGUCUGGGAUUUUUCGCAGAGCUCUUAUGGAGGAAAGCCACAGUCUCUCACAUCAAGGGACUAGAGAAGAAAACUGUAAUUCCAUUCCAAAGACUGCACAUACUGAGUGUGAAACUAAAUUUUAAGAGAUUAAUAUCUAACAUCAAGAUUAAUAUCUAACAAAAAUGAAAAGUUAAUGCACCUCAGUGUCUUCUAGCUAGCUUGAAUCAGUAGAUUGAGACUUUAUGUUGCAAAAUGCUCAAAUUAAGGUCAUUUAUAUGUCAUUUUUUUUUCAAACAAAUGUUUAUGUGACAAUUGAACAUUUUUAUUUUUAUGUUUGCCUACAGGUUUGUUUGUUAAUUAACAGUCAGGAAGAGAAAGAGGAAAUUAUUUGUGACCUUAAUAUGGGGAAAAGGGCAACAUUUUUAAACCAGGAUUGCAUUAUGACUGGGGUUAAUCUUAGUCCAUUUUUUUAUUAUUCAAUUUUAUUGCUGUAAUAUUGUUUUGGAGUUUUUCUCUGCAAGUCCAAUGGUUUCUUCAAAUAUGCCAACAUGUUUUGCAGUGUCUUUUUUAUGGCUGUCAUCAGUGUGGAUCGAGCGCUCUGCAUUUGCCGUCCAGUGUUCACCAGAAAAUGCCUUUUGUACCGACAGGUCUUCCUUGAAAAGGAAGAUAACAAUAAAUGCACAGUGUUUGAAAAAUGUG